GGGCGUGGCUUACCUGAAAUGGCUCGUAAUGAAAUUUCAUCGCACGCAUUGAUCUUGCCAGCAAAACCUGGCUUGUGUCAGACAUACAUUCAUGAUUGAUAGAUUGAGUGCUCCUUUACCAAAAGUGGUUGAUGCUUCGUAGUUCGUAGGUCAUUUUAUCUGAUUAAUUUCGAUAAUCAUGAACGAAAUUCUCUCGAAAGUUCUAAGGAACUUUGGUUCAAAUACCUUCUUAACAGACUGAUUGAUAGUGAGAAGUGAGAAGUCCACACGAAAAGAAGCAAUAAUAAGUGUGUGGUGCCCUUAAAUGUCUGAGGCGGCACGCAUGUUCUUCUAAAAUGUCAGUGUUGUUAUCCUAUUCUGAUCAUCGCAUUGUUUAUGAGUUUAACAGUUAUUCUUGAUUAAAACAAGAAUUCCUAGUAAUUUCCUAUUUCCUUCCAUUGCGAUAACUCCAUGUCUCCCAUUAGGAUUUGUUAAACGUCUUAAUGAGAUCUUCAGCUUCGUUUUUCGAAUAACUUUUCUUGUUUAGGUUGAUGUUUAUGAAGAUGUUCGUCCGAGUUAUCCUCGAGUUGCUGUUGAAUUCUUAGCAAAUGAACUUGGAUUCAAUGACAAAUCAAAGAGGAAAGUUGUUGUUGAACUUGGAAGUGGAACUGGAAAAUUCACGCGACUUCUUAUUCCUUAUAUGCAAGAACAGAAAAGCGAUGGUGGUGGUGCAAUUGAAAAGUUAAUAGCUGUUGAACCAUCACUUCAAAUGAGACAGAAAUUAUUGGAAGUUAUUAAGUCAGAAAAUACAUUAAUUCAAGUAUUAGAUGGAAAUGGAGAAAAUAUUCCCGCGGAAAGUCAUUCAGUAGAUACAGUUGUAGCUGCACAAGCUUUUCAUUGGUUUGCUACGAUGAAAACACUGGAAGAAAUUCAUAGAGUACUGAAACCAGGGGGAAAAUUUUUGUGUAUUUGGAAUUUGUUAGAUGAUCGAGUCGAGUGGGUUCGUCAGUUUAGAGAUUUAUUUGAACGUUAUGAAAGUGGUUCACCUCAAUAUCGUUUAAUGAAAUGGCGCACGGUAUUCGACGAUGAAGAUCACGGUCGUCGAUUCACAUAUCCUCUAAAAGAAAAACAUUUUCAUUGGACGUGGCAAAAUCGAACGCCAGACCAAAUUUGGAAUGAACUAUUAUCAAAAUCAUAUGUAUCAGCAAUGAAUAAGACUGAACAAGAUAGUUUAAAAAUGGAAGUUGACAAUCUAUUAGAUAAAAAUCUAAAGAUUUAUGGUAAUAAUCCGAACGAUAAACGAGUAGAAGUACCGUAUAAUACAGAUUUAGCUUGGACGCAAGUUAAUAAAUAA